UCCCCAGAGAAGAGUGUCCAGCUCCUCCAGAGGCUGCCCGCCCGCCGCUCCUUCCCUGCCCACCUACUAUGAGGAGCAGCUCCUCCCACCUGCCCAUAAAAGCCAAGUGCAUGUUACCAGCAGCGGAUCACAGCCCUUCCCCGAUCCUCUCCGUGGGAGCCCGCGAGCCUCUCUCCCUGAUCUUACGCGCUCAAGAGAUGAAGCUAUGGAGUUGGUGUGCAUGUGACUUGCAAAUCACCAGAAAAUCUUCAGUGUUUUAAUUUCAAAAACACCUUGACUGUCUCUGGGAAGUUGCUGUGGAAACUGAGCAGCAUCUGCUGAAGAGACAGAAACCAGUCCCAGGGGUGUUAGAGGAAGGCACCAGCAAGGACAUUGGUCUUUGAUUCAACAGUCCUGUCAAGUAUAAAUAGGCAACAGGAGAAAUUCUAACUAUGAAGACUCACAGAGAUUUAUUGCCUCCAUUCCCAGCCUGACAUUUGGCUCAGCACAGAGGGCAGGCAGCCAAAAAGAAGUCCUCUACUAAGUUGUUCCUACAAUCAAGCUCCAAAUCAUCUGGUCUGAUUGUACAUGUACUAGAAGGAUCACAUGGGACUCACAGUCUGUAAUCUGCUGAUGACCAAAUAGGACCGUCAGAUGGUGAUGGCUGUGCUGCCUGGCCCUCUGCAGCUGCUGGGAGUGCUGCUUACCAUUUCCCUGAGCUCCAUCAGGCUCAUUCAGGCUGGUGCCUACUAUGGGAUCAAGCCGCUGCCACCUCAAAUUCCUCCUCAGAUGCCACCACAAAUUCCACAAUACCAGCCCCUGGGUCAACAAGUACCUCACAUGCCUUUGGCCAAAGAUGGCCUUGCCAUGGGCAAGGAGAUGCCCCACUUGCAGUAUGGCAAAGAGUAUCCGCACCUACCCCAAUAUAUGAAGGAAAUUCAACCGGCGCCAAGAAUGGGCAAGGAAGCAGUACCCAAGAAAGGCAAAGUAGAAAUACCAUUAGCCAGUUUACGAGGGGAACAAGGUCCCCGUGGAGAGCCUGGCCCAAGAGGACCACCUGGGCCCCCUGGUUUGCCAGGUCAUGGGAUACCUGGAAUUAAAGGAAAACCAGGGCCACAGGGAUAUCCAGGAGUUGGAAAGCCAGGUAUGCCUGGAAUGCCAGGGAAGCCAGGAGCCAUGGGCAUGCCUGGGGCAAAAGGAGAAAUUGGACAGAAAGGGGAAAUUGGGCCUAUGGGGAUCCCAGGACCACAAGGACCUCCAGGGCCUCAUGGACUUCCUGGCAUUGGGAAGCCAGGUGGGCCAGGGUUACCAGGGCAACCAGGACCAAAGGGUGAUCGAGGACCCAAAGGACUACCAGGACCUCAAGGCCUUCGGGGUCCUAAAGGAGACAAGGGCUUCGGGAUGCCAGGUGCACCGGGUGUAAAGGGCCCUCCAGGGAUGCAUGGCCCUCCCGGCCCUGUUGGACUGCCAGGAGUGGGCAAACCAGGAGUGACAGGCUUCCCUGGACCCCAGGGCCCCCUGGGAAAGCCAGGGGCUCCAGGAGAACCUGGGCCACAAGGCCCUAUUGGGGUACCAGGGGUUCAAGGACCUCCUGGGAUACCUGGAGUUGGAAAGCCAGGCCAGGAUGGGAUCCCAGGCCAGCCAGGAUUUCCAGGUGGCAAAGGGGAGCAAGGACUGCCAGGGUUACCAGGACCUCCAGGCCUUCCAGGGAUUGGGAAACCAGGCUUCCCAGGACCCAAAGGUGACCGGGGCAUGGGAGGUGUUCCUGGGGCUCUUGGACCAAGAGGGGAGAAAGGACCAAUAGGUGCCCCAGGAAUAGGGGGUCCUCCAGGUGAGCCAGGCCUGCCUGGAAUCCCAGGUCCUAUGGGCCCUCCAGGUGCUAUUGGUUUUCCUGGACUCAAAGGAGAAGGUGGGAUUGUAGGGCCACAGGGGCCACCAGGUCCCAAGGGUGAGCCAGGGCUUCAAGGCUUCCCAGGAAAGCCAGGUUUCCUUGGCGAAGUAGGGCCUCCUGGCAUGAGGGGUUUGCCAGGUCCCAUAGGGCCCAAGGGGGAAGCUGGGCUCAAAGGUGUGCCAGGACUCCCUGGUGUUCCAGGGCUUCUCGGACCUAAGGGAGAGCCAGGAAUCCCAGGGGAUCAGGGUUUACAGGGCCCCCCAGGUAUCCCAGGGAUUGGGGGCCCUAGUGGCCCCAUUGGACCACCUGGGAUUCCAGGCCCCAAAGGGGAGCCUGGCCUCCCAGGGCCCCCUGGGUUCCCUGGUGUAGGGAAACCCGGAGUGGCAGGACUUCAUGGCCCCCCAGGGAAGCCUGGUGCUCUUGGUCCUCAAGGCCAGCCUGGCCUUCCAGGACCCCCAGGCCCUCCAGGACCCCCAGGACCCCCAGCCUUGAUGCCCCCUACACCACCACCCCAGGGAGAGUAUCUGCCAGAUAUGGGGCUGGGAAUUGAUGGCGUGAAACCCCCCCAUGCCUACGGGGCUAAGAAAGGCAAGAACGGAGGGCCAGCCUACGAGAUGCCUGCAUUUACCGCCGAGCUAACCGCACCUUUCCCACCGGUGGGGGCCCCAGUGAAGUUUGACAAACUGCUCUAUAACGGCAGACAGAACUACAACCCGCAGACGGGCAUCUUCACCUGUGAGGUCCCUGGUGUCUACUACUUUGCAUACCACGUUCACUGCAAGGGGGGCAACGUGUGGGUUGCUCUAUUCAAGAACAACGAGCCCGUGAUGUACACGUAUGACGAGUACAAAAAGGGCUUCCUGGACCAGGCGUCUGGGAGUGCAGUGCUGCUGCUUAGGCCCGGAGACCGGGUGUUCCUCCAGAUGCCCUCAGAACAGGCUGCAGGACUGUAUGCCGGGCAGUAUGUCCACUCCUCCUUUUCAGGAUAUUUAUUGUAUCCCAUGUAAAAAAAAAGAAAAGAAAAGAAAAGAAAGAGAUUUUAUAGAAGAAAAGAAAAUGAUGCACCAAAAAAUCCAAAUGAAAAACGUAAUUGCUUCAAAACAUUUAUAUAGUUGGAAAGUUAUAUUUAAGUGAAAAUUUGGACCAUCGUGUACAAAUAAAAACUAAGAUGCAUGUUUAAUACUCCACACAGCAGCCUGUAAUUGAGAAUGACGGGAUAGAUUUAUGUAUCAAGUACUGACACUUGGUUGUACCCACUGGAAUCAUAUUAGCUGUUAUAUGUUAUAUGCUUCCACAAUAACCUGCUUAUUCAGAUCAGUCAAAAUAUAUCAGUAUGAAAGAUCAUAGCUAAUGAAAGGCACUCACUCAUAUUGUUUACUUUAAAAUAUUUAUAAAUAUGCCUUAAAGAAAUAUCAACGAUAACAAUUACAUACCGUAUUUACUUGCUUAAUUUCCUCUGUAUUUGUGUAGAUACCUUGACAUGGAAUGUAUGGUGGGGAGACCUGCAGUGUUACCGCCCCAGUGGGAGGGGGCCCUGGGGACCCUGGUAAUGCUUUAGUCAAAGGGAUAUCUCUCUCAUAUCAGAGGCUGUGUCUUUUAGUAACAGCAGUCCUCAUCAGAAUUGUGUGUCUGUUGUCUCUAAAAGAAUGGGUGAACCAAUCGGCCAUUGUGAAUUUACUCAGUGCCUUCUCCGUACCUAGCACUGGGUAAAACACUUUCGUGGAGCAUUAGACAGUAACCCUCAAGGAGCUAGAGAGCCAGACGGGAGACAUGAGCAGUAAUUAACUCACCAGAGUUUCUAUUUCAUCUUUUUUUUUUUUCUGUGACUUAUAUUUCUAUUUUCUUUCCUCCAUGUAAUUUUCACUAUGGCCCAACUAAUAUAAACAUCUGGAAAUUACAAGGAAAAAAAACUCUUCCUCCAAUUGAACUUUCCAAAUUUGUGGAAUAUUUAUUUGUAAUAGCAGUUAUCAGUUAUGCUUAUAUAGCAUUAAAAAUUCUCCUCCUUUGACCACACACACAACCACAGUGUGGUUCUAAUCAUGGAGAUAUCAAUAAUUUUUAGUAACUGUGAAUUUUGAAGACAUAUCUCUGUUUAGUAUGUAUGCAAAUUGAUGUAUAAUCUGAGGUUCCAAAGUCAAUUUUUUUUUUUGAGAUUCAGUCUCACUCUGUCACCCAGGCUGGAGUACAGUAGCACGAUAUUGGCUUACCGCAACCUCCACCUCCUGGGUUCAAGCAAUUGUCCUGUCUCAGCCUCCCAAGUACUGGGACUACAGUCUUGCGCCACCAUGCCUGGCUAAUUUUUGCAUAUUUAGUAAAGAUGGGUUUUCGCCAUGUUGGCCAGGCUGGUCUCGAACUCCUGGCCUCAAGUGAUUCACCUGCCUCAGCCUUCCAAAGUGCUGGGAUUGCAGGCGUGAGCCACCGCACCCAGUCAAAGUCAAUUUUCAAAAUCCAAGCCAUACUUUAUUGGUGAGGGGGUCGUUUCAGAAUUACACAGAAAAAUUAAUGUUUGAAAAAAAUAAUUCUGAAAUUUUGAAUUUAAAAACGGAUGUGCUACUUCCGGGUAUAGGAAGUAAAAUUAUAGGAAAAGAACUGUUUCUUUAGAAGCGGACUGUAGAAGGGCAAUGUAGAAUGUCAAAGGGCAACAAGAGCCCGUAUUUUUAAUGUCAUCCUGUACUCGGCACAAAUCAAAGGCCAAUACAAGUCUAAAAAGGAGAAAUAAAUAUUUUUCCAGGUUUUUGCUUGGGCACAUACUAACUGCUUUGGGCAUCCUAAUCUGAUCUCAAAACACCGAAAACCCAUUUUGAGCUUGCUAUUAGCCUGCUGCUGAGUCUAUUAGUCACUUGGAGCAAUAAUGUGGGGUUAUGGUGGUGGAAUCUUAUAUCUUUUUGUCAAAAAUAAAACCGUGAGUUAAGGGGAUAGAUAUAGAUGGAAAAAUACACAAAUAAAUACGGUAUGAAAACACAUAGAAAUGUGUCUUUGUCAAAUCUGAAUCAUUAUUACCAUCACAAAAAUCCUUCUCUUGGCCAAUAUCUCAUUUCCCUAUACAGUAUACAAGCACCAUUUCUUCUCAAUUUUUAAGAAGAGAAAUUAGUCCAUUACCACAGGGGUUCUUAGUCACUACUAAUUAUACAACAAUCUUUUCCCAACAAAAGAUGACCUCCACAACCUUUGUUUUCAGAGCAGACAGCAUUUAUGUGGCCAAAUAUCCUUUGGGUUGUUCUUGAGGAUACUGGUUUUGGGCUGAUGACUAUGGGGGAAACAUGGAUCCACUGGGCUCCUUCUGCUAAACAGCCACAUUGAAAUGGUUUAAAAGCAAGUCAGAUGAGGUGACUUGUAAAACUGUAUUUAUCUGUACAUGUAUGGGCUUUUAAUUCCCACCAAGCAAGAGAGAAAUUAUCUUUUUAGUUAAAACCAAAUUUCACUUUUCAAAAUAUCUUCCAACUUAUUUAUUGGUUGUUACUCAAUUGCCUAUAUAUAUAUAUGUGUGUGUGUGUGUGUGUGUGUGUGUGUGUAUGCAUGUGCAUGUGUGUGUAUGUGUAUUAUCAGACAUAGGUUUCUAACUUUUAGACAGAAGAGGAGCAACAUCUAUGCCAAAUACUGUGCAUUCUACAAUGGUGCUAAUCUCAGACCUAAAUGAUACUCCAUUUAAUUUAAAAAAGAGUUUUAAAUAAUUAUCUAUGUGCCUGUAUUUCCCUUUUGAGUGCUGCACAACAUGUAAACAUAUUAGUAUAAAAGCAGAUGAAACAACCACAUGUUCUAAAGUCUAGGGAUUGUGCUAUAAUCCCUAUUUAGUUCAAAAUUAACCAGGAUUCUUCCAUGUGAAAUGGACCAAACUCAUAUUAUUGUUAUGUAAAUACAGAGUUUUAAUGCAGUAUGACAUCCCACAGGGGAGAAGAAUGUCUGUAGUGGGUGACUGGUAUCAAAUAUUUUACAGAAUACAAUGAACGGUGAACAGACUGGUAACUUGUUUGAGUUUCCAUGACAGAUUUGAGACUUGUCAAUAGCAAAUCAUUUCUGUAUUUAAAUUUUUGUACUGAUUUCAAAACCAUCAUUAAAUAUCUUUAAAAGUG